AUGGCUUAUCUCGCAUCUCAGCUGUGCCAGCUUGGUGAAGAGAUUUCUGGAAGCCAACUAUUCCAAAGACUUGCACAGCAGUUUCAGUUACCAAGACUAAAAAAUGAUAAAGUAGAUCAGAAGGAUCAAUAUUGUAGUAUUAGGUCGGAUUUUGGAUCAGUUGUUAAGUCUGUGGCUGUCAAAAAUGAUCGGUCUCCUUGUGUCAAUUGGACGGAGAGAAGAGCGGCGGUUCUGAUUUGUCUCUUUGAAGGCGAAGAAGGUGAAUUACGAGUUAUUCUCACCAAGAGAUCCAUGAAACUGUCCUCUUACCCAGGGGAUGUAGCUUUGCCUGGUGGGAAAUUUGAGAAAGGAGAUGCAGAUGACUCGGCUACUGCAUUAAGAGAAGCCAUGGAAGAGAUAGGAUUGGAACCUAAUCUGGUUCGAGUUGCUGCCACUUUAGAGCCUUUUAUUUCUCAGCACCUACACAAGGUUGUCCCUGUGGUAGGCCUACUUGCUAGGAAAGGAAAUUUCAGGCCUUCACUCAAUACAGAUGAAGUUGAUAAUAUUUUCGAUGUUCCGUUGGAGAUGUUUCUCAAGGAAGAUAAUCAUAGAUGUGAAGCAAAGGAGUGGAUGGGUAGGAAGUACAUUCUACAUCUAUUUGAUUUCCAAUGUGAGAAAGGUUGUUUCCUCAUAUGGGGUUUAACAGCAAGCAUCCUUAUUCGCGUAGCAUCUAUUAUCUACCAGCGUUCUCCGUGUUUCGAGGCCCAUCUCCCUGACUUCCAAACAAUUGCAAAUCUACUACUUGAAUAAUUA